GUAAAGCAUUCAUUAACUGUCGCAAAGACUGCCGUCGUUUAGCUCGUUUUACAGGGCGGCUUCCAGCGACGCUGUUUUCAUGUGUGACAUGGCCUCAGCUCCAGCACAGCAGCCCACCCUCACUGUGGAGCAGACCCGAGUGGUGCUGAGCGAGGUGAUCCAGGCCUUCUCGGCCCCAGAGAACGCUGCGCGGAUGGAGGAGGCCCGAGAGAGCGCCUGCAACGACAUGGGCAAGAUGCUGCAGCUCGUGCUGCCCGUGGCCACCCAGAUCCAGCAGGAGGUGAUCAAAGCCUAUGGGUUCAACAACGAGGGAGAAGGGGUGCUUAAAUUUGCCAGACUGGUGAAGAUGUAUGAAACCCAGGACCCUGAGAUCGCAGCCAUGUCGGCUAAACUGAAGUCUCUCCUGCUGCCUCCUCUAUCGACGCCUCCCAUCGGAGGGGCCAUUCCAGCCUCAUAGGAACCGUUUACCUUCACUGGUCGGCUGCAGUUACGUUCUUUAAAGGCUAGGAACUUCUUCAUACUGUCAUUUACACAUCUUAUUUUCUUCAGAGAAUAUUAAAACACAAGUCUUCUUAUUGAAAGCUUCUUUACAGCAACGUUAAAUUAUUUCUUUUUCAAUAUUGCAGUAUUUAUUUCGUACAUUACAAAUUUGUUGUCACUGAAGCGUUAAUAUUUCCAUUAAUGUUGUCUUUUAUACCAUUUUAUAUACUGUCUUAUGUUGUAUUAAAAUGUUUUGUGAA